UUAAAAAUGCCACUUCAACUGGUCGCACAUAUGGUAACCUCAAGGACGAAGAUCGAAUAUUUACAAAUUUAUACUUGCGCCAUGACUUUAGAUUGAAAGGCGCAAAACAGAGGGGUGAUUGGUAUAAAACUAAAGAGAUACUUUUGAAGGGACAUGAAUGGAUCCUUAAAGAAAUCAAAGAAUCUGGCCUCAGGGGUCGCGGGGGAGCCGGAUUCCCAACAGGUUUGAAGUGGAGUUUCAUGAAUAAGCCGCCAGAUGGACGUCCUAAGUAUUUGGUUGUUAAUGCUGAUGAAGGUGAACCAGGAACAUGCAAAGAUCGUGAGAUCAUGCGUGGCGAUCCGCAUAAACUUGUUGAGGGAUGUUUGGUGGCCGGUAGAGCGAUGAAUGCUUCGGCUGCUUACAUAUAUAUCAGAGGCGAAUUCUAUAACGAAGCAUCAAAUUUACAGGAAGCCAUUAAUGAAGCGUAUGCCGCCGGACUCAUUGGCAAGAAUGCCUGUGGUUCCGGUUACGAUUUCGACGUGUACAUUCACCGAGGUGCCGGUGCUUAUAUCUGCGGUGAAGAAACUGCCUUGAUCGAAUCACUUGAGGGCAAACAAGGAAAACCUCGAUUAAAGCCUCCGUUCCCAGCCGAUAUCGGUUUAUUUGGUUGUCCAACGACGGUUGCCAAUGUGGAGACUGUAGCCGUGGCGCCUACCAUUUGCAGACGUGGCGGCUCAUGGUUUUUGAGUUUUGGCCGAGAAAAGAAUAGCGGCACCAAACUCUACUGCAUAUCUGGUCACGUGAAUAAUCCGUGCACGGUUGAAGAGGAAAUGAGCAUCCCUCUGAAGGAACUUAUUGAACGUCACUGCGGGGGUGUACGAGGGGGAUGGGACAAUCUUCUAGGCAUCAUACCUGGUGGCUCUUCUGUUCCCGUCAUACCAAAACACAUAUGCGAUGAUGUCUUGAUGGAUUUCGAUGCCCUUCGUGAUGUUCAUUCUGGAUUAGGCACAGCGGCGGUUAUCGUUAUGGAUAAGUCUACGGAUAUAGUUCAGGCGAUUUCUCGAUUGUCAGCUUUCUACAAACAUGAGAGUUGUGGUCAGUGUACACCAUGCAGGGAAGGGACGAAGUGGCUCAUGAACAUGAUGUCGCGCUUCGAGAAAGGUUACGCUGUUCCGAGAGAGAUUGAUAUGGCCGAGGAGUUGACCAAACAGAUUGAGGGUCAUACUAUCUGUGCCCUUGGUGACGCAGCCGCAUGGCCUGUUCAAGGAUUGAUACGUCAUUUUCGCCCCGAACUUGAGGCUCGUAUGAAGUCUUAUGCUGAAGCUAAUCCCGAGAAAGAUUUAUCAAAGAUUUCUUCAGCAUCACCGGGGCUUUAG